AUGGACGACUCGACCACUGUUACCACUUUUGACGACGAACUUGACCAUCCCCCGACAAAAACCUCCGCUAAGCAUUUGUCGAGCACGGAUGAUGACCCUGGUGCGGCGACAAUCGUCUCGGCCGCUUCCCUCGAUCCAGCCAAUAUGGGCACUCCCUCAUCGACACCGACAGGCCUUGGGGCACGUCCUGCAUGGAAAUCUAAGCCUACGGGCGGGUCGGCCGGCAUUCCUAAAGAGAGUUUUUCCCCGCCACCGGUGGCCGUCAGCUCAAAGCUAGCUGCCAGCUCAAAUGUGUCCGUCAACUCGAACGUGUCUGUCAGCCCGAGCGUGGCCGUCUCCUCAGUUUCCCCUCUUCCUUCCCCAGAAACCUUGCCCAUCAGAUCGAUAGAGGUGGAGGCGCCGCCGCGUCAGCACAAUUCAGUGGGUGUGGUGGUCGCCGCAAUCUUAUCCGUCUCGGUGGUACUCGUGUUAGUUCUCGUGGUUGGAUAUCUAACCAGCCAGCGGUACCGUAGAUGGAGGGAAAGCCGACGUGCGCGCUACACAGAGACCAAAUGGAAGAUCUCCCGCCCAUUGCCGGAGGGCGAAAGUCUGCGCUCGUCAAUGCGAGAGGUGCCGCAAAUCGAAAUCUCGACCAAUGAACUGGUCUAUGCUCCCUUGGACCCGUUUGCUAGUUCGAUCCCCAGACAGAGCCGAAUGCCAUUCAAUCUCGGUAGCUCAGAUCCAGUCGAGGAAAUCGACGAGGAACGAGGCUGGCUCUGGGGCACCCAGACAUCCAAGAAGAAGGGUACCGACCGGCUUGUUACACCUGGCUUGGGCGUUGGCAAAUACCGCUCAAAGAACAGCCGCGGCCAACGUCAGGAUUCUCUCAACUCACGACAGUCUCACUUACAGACUGAUGAUAUCGAUGAGUUGAUGGAGGAACUUAUGUAUGCUGACGAGGCUGGAGACGCGUACAAAUACGACAAUGGCCCGGAGGAGCCAUCCACCCGCUUUGCCACAACCGGGGUCUCAUCUCUGCUCGGCAGAUUGAAAGAUAGCUUCAGUGACAGGUCUGGCUUUGGUAGCCUGAGCUCUUCGGCGGGAAGACUGGGAAUCGAUUCCAAGCGAGGGCGAUGGAACGAAGUUGGUCGGUUAGUCAUUGAUGAUGAGAAAGAUAUCACCACUCAAGACGACGACGAUCACGAGAAGACGCCAGGCUUCCAAGUUCGCUUCGAGAACAAUGUCUCAUUCAGAUCAGCCUCUCCCUUGUCUGAGAUCCUUUCGACCUCUACGUGGGACAAUCACUCGGACCACAAAGUCGCUAAGAUCAACCGGGCGCGUGCUCCCAGUCUCGAGGGGGAGAUCGACGACGCGCAAGCCGGAUAUAUUUCCACUGGCCAUCCCUUCCGUCAGCCUGAUGCGUGUCCCCGAACUUCUGGGACCAACUCGGUGAGACAACUCGUAAAUCGACUGGAGGAGAACGAGGGGAAGUUCACCCACCUCCCGAGCCCAUCCUCUCGACAGCCCCGUCGGAAACGAAAAGAAGCAUUGCCGUCCAGGUACGACACUCAGCCUGACCAACAUACUCAUGCUUCAAAAAUUCGAACGGAAAAACUUGGCGGUUUGGUCAAGGUGAAGUCUAAGCAUCUCUACCCCGGCGGCUACGUCGGCCGGUCACCCACCAAAAAGCUGAGGAAAAAGGAUUCCCCUGACGCGUAA